AUGCCAACUGAGAGAGUCUACUUUCUUGUUUUCGAUGCUCCCCCCAGUAAUGAUCUAACACUCGCCUUCCUUGAUUCCUUUUCUCAAUGCCUCAGCAAAAUCGAGCGUAGCUAUCCCCAGGGCGUGCUCAUCACCACAAGCAGAAUUCCCGACAUCUACAGCAAAGGAUUCCCCGAUGGUGCGCCUGACGACCAGGAGAGCCACUUCUGGCCCGUCCUGCGCCAACUCCUCGAGUGUGAGGAAUCCUCAGCCAUUUUCCUAGGCGCCUGGCUGACACGAGAUCCAGCGUCCCUCCGAUUCCCUGAUCGGGCCUUCCGCAGACCCUUCUGCGACGGAACUCUCUGCGCGUAUGCAGAGCUUGAUCGGCGCCAGACUGCCAGCCUUAGCGGCUCAACGGUCAGAUCUCAUCAGAGGCGAGACGCUUUCCGAGCUGGGCUGGUGGAUGCCAUCGGACAUAUCAAGGAAGCGUAUGCAGUUAUCAAAUCUAAGAAGCUGUUGGAUACUACGCGGAACAAAUCUUACCAUCUGAGCAAGAAGCGCCUGAACCGGGGGGCUAUUCUGCUUCUCGGUUCACCGGGGAAGGACAUAUUAGAGGCCGAUGAGAGUGGAUGUGGGACUGGAAAGGAGCGGCGAGGAAGAGGCCGGAGUUGUGUCUGUAGAGACCAUAAAGUGUAG